AUGCUACCCCAAGUUACCCUUUCAAAAGGCUCGGUGGAAGGAAAGGCCAAUAGGAACGACCUAAACGCUCGACCGACCAAGACCCCUCUGAUAAUCAGGAGCCAUCAUGGAAAGGUCAAAAAGCUCGAGACAGCAGUAAUAGUAGCGGUAAGCCGGCGCAAAACCAAGAGUGCACCCAAGGAGAUGUCUUCAGAGCGGCCCGUCUCUCGGUACCGCGAGGUGGUCAAGUCGCCGCCCAACGCCCGACCGAAGCCGCGGGACGUGCGCUUCGAGCAGGAGCGGGCGGGCGAGGGCUACCAGCGGAACUGCCUCCUUUGA